GAUCUCAUCUUCCCCCUGUUGUGCCUUCCGUCCCACCUACGGGCCAGAUCCCAUUUCCUCCCUGUUGUGCCCUCCGUCCCACCCAGGGGCCAGUUAUGAGGGCGUGUGUCCUUCGGCACAAUUUGAUCCCCUUUGCCAACGUUUUGCAGCACCCUAUCGAGUUGGGUCUGAGCACUCAAACUACUAUCGUUCUUGCUGAGAAACCUAUUCCAUCACUCCCCUCCCCCACUUAA